AUGGACGUCAAUGGUGCUGCUGCUCCUACGGUGCAGGCAGAUGGGGCUGCAGCUGAUCAACUUCCUCAGCCUAUUCCUUCAUCUACUCAGCCAAAUGCAAAUCGUAGACCGACUAGGCGGUCACACCGACUACAACGAAAAGCUGAAAGGGAAGGCUGGCUGAGUGCUCAGGGUCCUGGAUAUGCCGGUUUCACUUCAGCCCCGUCCCAGACGGACUCCUCAUUUUACAAUUCGACUUACAACAAUAACAACAUGAACCCUGCACAGAGUCAGUACAGUGCAGGCAACAGUUUCAUGUCUCAAAAUCCAAACUCAAACAUGGUCAACUUCGGUUUGGCCUCGAAUUAUGCAGUGUCAAAUCCUAGUCCAUUCAAUCAGCCUCCCGUACUACAACAGCCGCAGUUACUUCAAAUGCAGUUUGCGCAGCAGAUGAUGAUGGCUCAACAGAUAUUUGGUGCCGCCGGAAACGGUUCAUUUUUCAACAACGCUGGCGGUAUGCAUCAGCAGCCAAUACGUACAAUGUCGACCAUGGUCAACGCAGUUAUGGAGACAAGUGUUACACCGACUCAGGAUCUCAAUCCUAGUGAGGCUACUCCAGAUACAGCAAUGCAAGUUGAGGGUAAUAACGACAACGAAAAGAACGAAAAGAAAAAGAAGAAGAAGAAGGACAAGGAAAAGGUCAAGAAUAAGUCUAGCGAACAGCCGAGGUCAAAGAAAAAGUCGAACCCGGUGCAACCGCCAGAGACUCCCGUUCCCCGGCCGUCAUAUCUGGUACAGGCACGGAGAGAACCGAAAGACCUGGCCUUUCAUCAACCACUCCUAAUCAUUUUAGACUUGAAUGGGACCCUCUUGUACCGCAAAAACAAGAAAUUUCCACCUCAGUUUGUCCGUCGACCAGCGCUUGAUUACUUUCUGCAGCGACUCACAACCCGACACGCCGUCAUGGUAUGGUCGAGCUCCCAACCGGAGACAGUGAAUGCAAUUUGUAAUAGACUGUUUACCGAAGUUCAAAAGGAAAAAUUAGUUACAAGAUGGGGUCGGGAUAAACUGGGACUCGACGAAAGACAGUACUAUUCCAAAGUGCAGGUUUACAAAGAACUCGACAAGGUGUGGGCCGAUGAGGAUAUCCAGAGUACAUACCCCCAAAACCGAAAGCUCCAAACAGGCAGGGGUAUUUACAAUGUCUUGAGGAGGGCACCCUACACUACCUAUGAUAUGGAGAUGUCGGGUGCCACGAGCAGAUGCUGGGAUCAAUCAAAUACCGUGUUGAUUGAUGACAGCACAAUCAAAGCAGCUGCCAAUCCGUACAACAUCCUUGAAGUCCCCGAAUUCACCAAUGAGCCUAACGAUGAUGAUACCACGGUGCUGAAGACGGUGUUGGCCAAGAUCACAAUGCUCUCAAAGUCGAAUGAUGUCAGUGCACGACUUCGUUCUUGGGGCGAGAAGGGCAUUAAGAUUAGUCGUGAUGAGGUUUUGAAGGAAUCUUCUGCUUCUGAAGAAGAGUCCUCCGCCUCGGGGCCAGAGACAGACUCAGAGUCAAAAGCAGGGAAAGAGGACAACAACAAGGAGAUGAAUAUGAAUAAUAAGGAGAAGGGGAACGACGAUAACUACGUACCACCAGACGAUGGCCUUGUAUAUGAUACAGAUAACAAAAUCGUACCCCAUAAUCUUAGCUACGAGGGUACACAAGCCUUGCCUAAACUCCGAAAUCGAUAUAGACCACGACGCCGCAAGCUGAAAAGACGCAAAGCCAACAAAUCUUUAAGGAGACCUAAAAACCCUGCAACCGAUACCGAUGGCGAUCUGAUUCAAACCGGUUUUGAUGCUAGCGGAGCUGCUGUCGCUGCUGAGGUUAGCUAG